GAGUCCCCGCGUCCCCGCGUCCCGUGCGCUCCGCCCGCCGGGCAUGGAGUAGUGGCGCAGCUCGGGGCGCGGGGACAGACGUGCGCACAGACGGCGGCGACUCCAGCGGCUCCAGCGAGCCCAGCUCCCGGCGCGUGUCGGAGUCUCCCAGCCCCGCGGCCCCGAGCGCACGAUGCGCGGACCCGGGCGCCCCCUCCUCCUGGGGCUGCUGCUGGUGCUGGGGGCGGCGGGGCGCGGCCGGGGGGUCGCGGAGCCCCGGGAGCCGGCGGACGGACAGGCGCUGCUGCGGCUGGUGGUGGAGCUCGUCCAGGAGCUGCGGAAGCACCACUCGGCGGAGCACAAGGGCCUGCAGCUCCUCGGGCGGGACUGCGCCCUGGGCCGCGCGGAGGCGGCGGGGCUGGGGCCUUCGCCGGAGCAGCGAGUGGAAAUUGUUCCUCGAGAUCUGAGGAUGAAGGACAAGUUUCUAAAACACCUUACAGGCCCUCUUUAUUUUAGUCCAAAGUGCAGCAAACACUUCCAUAGACUUUAUCACAACACCAGAGACUGCACCAUUCCUGCAUACUAUAAAAGAUGCGCCAGGCUUCUUACCCGGCUGGCUGUCAGUCCAGUGUGCAUGGAGGAUAAGCAGUGAGCAGACUGUACAGGAGCAGCACACCAGGAGCCAUGAGAAGUGCCUUGGAAACCAACAGGGAAACAGAACUAUCUUUAUACACAUCCCCUCAUGGACAAGAGAUUUAUUUUUGCAGACAGACUCUUCCAUAAGUCCUUUGAGUUUUAUAUGUUGUUGACAGUUUGCAGAUAUAUAUUCGAUAAAUCAGUGUACUUGACAGUCAUAUCUGUCACUCUUAUUUUAAAAAAAACACAAAAGGAAUGCUCCACAUUUGACGUGUAGUGCUAUAAAACACAGAGUAUUUCAUUGUCUUCAUUAGGUGAAAUCGCAAAAAAUAUUUCUUUAGAAACGUAAGCAGAAUCUUAAAGUAUAUUUUCAUAAAACAUAAUUUGAUAUUCUGUAUUACUUUCACUGUUAAAUUCUCAGAGUAUUAUUUGGAAUGGCAUGAAAAAUUAAAAUUUCGGUCAUGUUUUAGAGAUAGUGGAGUGUAAAUCUGUGGCUAAUUCUGUUGGUUCUUUGUAUAAUAAAUGUAAAAUAGUAUUCCAGCUAUUGUGCAAUAUGUAAAUACUGUAAAUAAACACAAGUAAUAAAUGAAGUGUUUGUUAUAAUGAAUAGUCUUCAAAGUGACUCUACCUCUUUAACAGGUUCACUGUUGGGAAUUCGUGACUUGAUUUACUGAGAGAUCAUGACACUGGCAAAAGGUCAGAGAAUAUGAAAGCCAUAAACAAAUGAAAACUUGAAGCCUAAGAAUUUCUCUAAGGGAUAAUUAGCAUUUUUUUUUAAAGUAAAGGCUACUAUAUAUUGGUGACAUAAUUUCCUAAGAUAGUCCCCGAUUUGCUGGGAAAUCUUCCAAAUAAGGUUGUAUCCAUUAUUUACCAAGCGAUUUUGUAAUCAUGAAAAUGCUAAACUAGGAGGAACCUUAAGACUUUUAAGCAGUCUCAGAAUUUUACAUGUAGAUGUAUUUUAAACAAAUCUAAUUGGAUCCAAUUUAAAAAGCUGAAUUCGGCAAAGCAAUGAGCUUCUCCAUUCAUCUGAGCCCUUGUCGGCAGAUGGUGUCGUCUGGGUGUAGCCUAAGGACAGAAUAGUCAAGAGUCCUAGGAUUUGUUUGAGGAUCUGUAUUUAUAGAGAUAAAUAUUAAAGAAAAACUAUAGGAUUUUAUUUCCAAACAUAAAGGAAUAGAAGAGUAAGAAAUUUUGACUUUGAGAUUAAAAGCAAUUACUGAAUGAAGAGAACAGGGUGUAACUUUUGAAGUGCUCUUAUUUAAUCCUGUUUUCUAAUUACAGCUCAUUACUUGACCUUUUCUUAAUUUUUUAUGUUUUAAGGAUAUCAUGUUCAAAUAUCCAAUCUAUUAAUAUUUAAUCCCCUCAGUUUUCUGUAUGUCUAAGUAAUUCCAACAAGAGCAAGACUCACUGAGCAAGACUCACUGGAACUUUCUUCCUAUGAAGACAGCCUGGCACUUCCACACGGUACAGUGGGGAAACUACUCACUUUCAUCUGGCAACAGCUCAUCCUCCAGGCACUAGUGAGUCAAGGAUCAAAUGUGUCUCCUCCCCCUGGCACUGCCUGGGACCCUCAUGAUACUGAGGUCAGGAGUGCGGAUGUCCUGGCCAGGCAGCUGUGCGUCACUGCACAGGAGGGCGCAGCGUAGAGGCAACAGGUCCAGAGGAUGGUAUUAGGCAAGGACAUUUCCAGCUGUAGAACCUCAAACUUCCUUCAGAAACUAGACAUGAUGAUAUGGGGCAGCAAUGUGCUUAUUUUCAUCAUUUUACUUCCUUAUCCUGAAGAUAAAAUAUGCACACCUAACAUCACAGAUCAUGUAAAAAGGACAAUACAAUGUUUUCAAAUGCUUCCUUACUUGUCAAUAAGAAAACAGGCAGACACCAGAUUUAUAUCUCUAGUUGUAUUUUUAUAACUCCCCAGUUUAUUUUGAAAUAUUCAUGAUUUUGACAUUAUCUCAAAAUACACAGAAAUUACCUUAUAUCUGCCUAUACAUUUAUUAAAUGCUGAUGAAGAAUACUUAUUCAAUAUUUAAGCAUGCCAAAUAAUAACACUUUUCCCAACUUUUAAAAUUAUUUUUAAAAAUAAGCCAAUUUAUAUUUGGACAUUUGGGUUACAUGUGCAUAUAAAAGCAGUCAUAUUCCUCAACUGACCAUAGACUAGCAUACAAGUGUCCUUCUUUCUGGAUGUAAUUAAGUUUCAGAGGCAAAGUGGUUCAGAUGGGAGCCAAUGAGCUGACCUCCUCGUGAAGUAAACUCGACAAAAAUCAUGAAGUAUUGAAGGUGCCAACGACUGAUUCCAUAAAUGUUUCUCUCUUCCCUAUCUUUUCAAUAUACAAGUGUGCACUACGGGUGUAUAUAAAUUAAAACACUUCUAAUCUAGACUGUGAGCUCCUACGGAGAGGGCUACUGUCAAUCCAUAAAAGGCCCUAGGGAAGAGAGAGGUAGCACUGGGGAGCAGAGGGCACCUGCCCUCCGUCAGGCCAUCCACACAAAUCUACUGAAGAGGUAGACUCGAUUAUCUAAGUCCCAACAGGCUUAGAUGUUGACCUGGGAC